ACAUGGCUGAAGCGCACCAGGCCGUGGGCUUCCGACCCUCGCUGACUUCGGACGCGGGAGAAAUGGAGCUCAGUGCCCCGAUGUUGCAGGAGAUCUACCUCUCCGGACUGCGCUCUUGGAAAAGGCAUCUGUCCCGUUUCUGGAACGAUUUUCUCACAGGUGUGUUCCCUGCUAGCCCCCUCAGCUGGCUGUUCCUCUUCAGUGCAAUCCAGCUUGCCUGGUUCCUCCAGCUGGAUCCUUCCUUAGGACUGAUGGAGAAAAUCAAAGAGUUGCUGCCAGACUGGGGUGGACAGCAUCACAGGCUUCGGGGGGUCCUGGCGGCCGCGCUGUUUGCUUCGUGUCUGUGGGGAGCUCUGAUCUUCACGCUUCAUGUGGCCCUGAGGCUACUUCUGUCCUACCACGGCUGGCUCCUCCAACCCCACGGAGCCAUGUCCUCACGCACCAAGACCUGGCUGGCCCUGGUUCGCAUCUUCUCCGGCCGCCACCCAAUGCUCUUCAGUUACCAACGCUCCCUGCCGCGUCAGCCUGUGCCCUCCGUGCAGGACACCGUGCGCAAGUAUCUGGAGUCUGUCCGACCCGUCCUCUCCGACGAGGACUUCGACUGGACCGCGGCCCUAGCCCGGGAAUUCCUGAGGCUGCAGGCGUCACUGCUGCAGUGGUACCUUCAGCUCAAGUCCUGGUGGGCGUCCAAUUACGUCAGUGACUGGUGGGAAGAAUUCGUGUACCUGCGCUCCCGGAACUCACUGAUGGUGAAUAGCAACUAUUAUAUGAUGGACUUCCUGUAUGUCACGCCCACUCCCGUGCAGGCCGCCCGUGCGGGGAACGCGGUCCACGCCCUCCUCCUGUACCGCCACCGCCUGAACCGCCAGGAGAUCCUGCCGACUUUGCUGAUGGGAAUGCGGCCCUUGUGCUCUGCCCAGUAUGAGAAGAUAUUCAACACCACGCGAAUUCCCGGGGUCCACAAAGACCACAUCCGCCACCUCCGUGACAGCAGACACGUGGCCGUCUUCCACCGGGGCCGAUUCUUCCGCGUGGGGACCCACUCCCAAAGCGGCCUGCUUUCCCCGCGGGCCUUGGAGCAGCAGUUCCAGCGAAUCCUGGACGACCCCUCUCCUGCCUGCCCCCACGAGGAGCAUCUGGCGGCCUUGACCGCUGCUCCGAGGGACAUGUGGGCCCAGGUGCGGAGGUCCCUGAAGACCCAGGCCCAGGAGGCCCUGGAGGCCGUCGAAGGGGCUGCUUUCUUUGUAUCACUCGACUCUGAGCCCGCGGGGCUCACCAGGGAGGACCCCGCAGCUUCCUUAGACGCCUACGCCCACGCCCUGCUGGCCGGCAGGGGCCACGACCGCUGGUUUGACAAAUCCUUCUCCUUAAUCGUCUUCUCCAACGGGAAGCUGGGCCUCAGCGUGGAGCACUCGUGGGCUGACUGCCCCAUCUCAGGACACAUGUGGGAGUUCACUCUGGCCACAGAAUGCUUUCAGCUGGGCUACUCGGCAGACGGUCACUGCAAGGGACACCCUGACCCCUCACUGCCCCAGCCCCAGCGGCUGCACUGGGACCUUCCAGACAAGAUCCAUCUAUCCAUCUCUCUAGCCCUGAGGGGAGCCAAGACCUUGUCUGGAAACAUCGACUGCCACGUCUUCCCCUUCUCCCACUUCGGCAAGAGCUUCAUCAAACGCUGCCACCUCUCUUCAGACAGCUUCAUCCAGAUGGCUUUGCAGCUGGCCUACUUUCGGGACAGGGGUCAAUUCUGCCUGACUUAUGAGUCGACCAUGACUCGCUUGUUCCUGGAAGGGCGGACAGAGACGGUGCGUUCUUGCACGAGGGAGGCCUGCAACUUUGUGAAAGCCAUGGAGGACAAAGAGAAGACAGACCCACAGUGCCUCGCCCUGUUCCGCUUGGCGGUGGACAAGCACCAAGCCCUGCUGAAGGCAGCGAUGAGUGGACAGGGGGUCGACCGCCACCUCUUUGCUCUCUACAUCGUGUCCCAAUUCCUCCACCUGCAGUCUCCCUUCCUGGACCAGGUUCGCUCGGAGCAGUGGCAGCUGGCCACCAGCCAGAUUCCUGUUCAGCAAAUCCACCUGUUCGACGUCCACAGUUACCCCGACUAUGUUUCCUCUGGUGGUGGAUUCGGGCCUGCUGAUGACCAUGGUUAUGGUGUUUCCUACAUCUUCAUGGGGGAUGAUGUGAUCACCUUCCACAUCUCCAGCAAAAAAUCAAGCACAAGAACGGACUCCCACCGGCUGGGGCAGCACAUCGAGGAUGCAUUGUUGGACGUGGCCGCCCUUUUCCAGGAGGGGCAGCGUCGUAAGCGCAGAGGUUUAGCGGAGGAGGGCUCGGAGCACAGCCGUGACUCUCUCCCCUGCCAUACCAGGGGCUCCAGGGCACCCACGACAGCCACUAACUUUUGACACCUUCCAGAGGGGAGCUGGUCUCCCCAGGAACUAGGGGGAAGGUCUCUAUGGCUGGGCUGGUGCAGGACAGAAGCAGCUUGUUUGGGUUUGGGAAUCCCACAUCUGGUCUAAUAAAGAUGUGUG